UUUUUGAUCUAUGUAUCUUAGGUAUGUUAGGUUAGCUUUUCAAAAAUCAAAAUAAUAGAAGAGAAAAAAGCAAAAAUAUUACACAAUAUCUUUGAAGAAAACUGAAUGACGCCUGUCAUCAACAUGUUAUCAAAAAAUGGAAAUAUGAAAAACUGCGACUAUAAUUCACAUGUCUUCAGUGAAAUUUGCAAAGGCGAACUGGGAUCAAUUAAACUUUUACAAAAAAAUCCAGAUUUUCACUGGUCCAAUGUUACUAUUUCGAGUACUAAAGAAACUAUUCUCCAUAUUGCUGCACAAUAUGGUCACAUUGAGAUUAUCAAUUAUUUACUCAAUCAGUUCUCUCCCAAAAUGGUAGAUGUACGUAACACAGAUAACAAAACCCCAUUACAUUCAGCUGCUCAAUUUGGAAAUUUCGCCUGUGUCAGAAAGUUAGUGCAGAGUGGGGCUGACAUCAAUGCCCUUAAAAGAUCAGAUUGGACUCCUGUGAUGCUUGCUUGUACAAAACCAGAACAUAACUACAAGGAAAUAGUGGAAUAUUUAUGUGAAAAAGGUGCGAUCCUGAAUUUCAAGAACAAAGAUGGAUGGACCUGUCUUCACCUGGCAUCGAGAAAUGCGAACCCCUCAAUAUUACGAGUUUUGUGCGAAAGAAAUAUAGAUUUCAAAUCAGUAACAAACAACGGUAGAACAGCAUUACACAUUUCUGCCCUUCAUGGUAACUUGGAACAUACUGAAUUACUCGUAUCGAAGAUCGACAUCAAUUCUGAAGAUUCUUCUGGAAAUACUCCUUUUCAUGAAGCUGUGCUAGGUGGCAACAUCGAUUUAAUUGACUUUUUAGUAGACAAAGGUGCUGAUAUAUUAGCGAAAAACAAAAAUGGUUCGAGUGCUUUACAUCUAGCUGCCGGAAAUGGCUCAGAGAAUAUCUUAUUGCAUCUUGUAAAAAAAUAUAAAUUAGAUUUGAAUGAGGUAAAUCUAAGCGGUCAUACAAGUUUACAUUGUGCUGCCAGAAAAAGGCAUACUAAAAUUUUCGAAUUAUUGGUGGAGUUGGGGGCGGAUUCAAAAAUUUUAGAUAGAAGUGGAAGAUUGGCGGAAGAGUAUCUAUUGUGAGG